UCCAGCCCUUUUGUUUUGUUAACACUGACAGUAUUGGUCCGCAGUGAUGAAGACAAGGGGGGAUAAAGACAACAGUCACACUUGGAGACUUGUUUACAUGCGAGAAGAAGGCUGACAUGUCGCUGUUGGAUAAAAAACACUUUCAAACACAAAGUGGUCCACAUUGAUUGACACACCGACCCACCUGUGCAUCCAGAGACAACGUGAAAUCUCAACUGAGAUCAGCAGUUCUCUAAAAUUCCCCCUCUAUGUCCUCUGUAAUGAAAUGUCGCAAACAAGUCAGAGCACACCAUCGGAUGUGGCUGAAGGUUACCCCGUCACAAAUUUGACUUUAGUCGUCCUUUUGCUGAUACCCUGUGUGGUCAUCCUGCUGCUGCUGAACUGCCUGUUUCUGGGCUACAAGUUAUUGAACCUGUCAAAGAAGAGCAACAGACAGAAGCGAGAGGACACAGAGGAGAUGCUUCUGCAGUCCACCCUGCAUAGGGUAAGACGAGUAUCCGAGGUGGCCUUUCCUCUGCAGGACGUGAGGAGAGCCUACACGUCUCUGUCGGAGCCCGUCCUGCCCCAUCCUGUCACCUCUUCCAGGGCUUCAUCCAGGGAGAGGGCCGGGGAGGAUCACAGGUUCCGGCUCCUGAGGCCAGAUGGUGCCACCGGCUCAGGGUCAAUGAGGGCGCCGAGCACCAUCCGGGCCGCUUCCUCUGCGGCUGGUCUCACCCCGAGAUUCGACCUGGCCUCCGGCUCACGGGCAUGCAGCAUCAGCAAAGCGGGCUGGUGUAAAAGCGCACCAGUUCUACCGCAGUCCAGUGAUUCAGAGGCUGAAAUCAGAGUGAACCUUGUUCCGCCAAACUCCCCAAUGCAGGAGACAGAAUGUGUGGGUCAUAGUCGGAGCAGUACUUAUGAGAUGCUGACAGAUGUGAACCCAGGUGUUGCAGUGCAUGUAUUUGACAAAGUAGACAUGGAGUGCGAGUACACCAACCUGCCUUCAGAGGCGUCCUGUCUGAACACGUCUGCAGUGGGUCCUGGACUGGACAGCGACUUUGGUGCAAGUGCAGGUGUCUCCCUGCGGAUUCUUUCAGCAGACAGUGACGGUCUGUCCAACGGUGUUCUAGCUUCAGCUUUGGAGUGGGAUUAUUAUGACCCCUGCUAUGUCAAACAGAAUAAUGUACCCAAACAUAAACACACACACAGACCUGCAGUGCACACCAAACAGUACUGGGUGUGA